CGUGUUUAGACCGUGACUGAUGCUCCGUGUUGUUGUCGGACGGGUUUCUGUACAGUCUAGCUUGUCCCGUGUCUAUAGAGUGGGAGGGGGGCGUGUUGUCAACAUGAUGGGACAGACACAGAGCACGGGACGUCCCAGCUCGGACCUGGCGGCGUUCAGAGAACAUUUCGCCAAGGCGCAGAACAUCGUGGUGCUGUCCGGGGCGGGGAUCAGCGCAGAGAGCGGGGUGCCAACCUUCAGGGGAGCCGGGGGGUUCUGGAGGAGGUGGCAAGCUCAGGAUCUGGCUACUCCAGAAGCAUUUCGAGCCAACCCAUCUCUGGUGUGGGAGUUCUACCACUACAGGAGGGAGGUCAUGCUGACCAAACUGCCCAACGCCGGACACAUGGCCAUCGCUGAGUGUGAGGAGAGACUGGUCAAGCAGGGACGCAGCCUGGUGGUCAUCACACAGAACAUAGAUGAGCUGCAUAAACGGGCCGGCUCCAAAAACAUCAUUGAACUUCACGGUAACCUGUUCCGUACAAGAUGUACUCGAUGUGGGCAUGUGGAAGAGAACAGGAAGAGUCCCAUUGUUCUGUCAUUGGCUGGGAAGGGUGCCCCUGAUCCUGAUGCGCAGGAUGCCAGGAUACCUGAAGAAGAUCUCCCCAGAUGUGACCAUGGUGGUUGUGGUGGUCUGCUCAGGCCACAUGUGGUGUGGUUUGGGGAGUCUCUGGACCCUGAUGUACUGACCAGGACUGACCAGGAGCUGGACAAGUGUGACCUGUGUCUAGUGGUGGGGACGUCCUCAGUAGUGUACCCUGCAGCUAUGUAUGCUCCCAUGCUGGCCAGUAGAGGCAUUCCUGUGGCAGAGUUUAACAUAGAGGAGACUCCAGCUACACAUCAGCUAGGGUUCCAUUUCCACGGUCCAUCAGGAGAGUGGCUGCCUAAGGCACUGGCACCUCACCAGGACGAAAAAAACACCUAACACUUCACUGAGCUGCUGUACAUGGAUUUAGCUUA